GGUAGGAGGGGAGCCAAAUUUAAAAUGUCUGACUGGGAAGAGGAAGACGAAGUUACUAUCCGUAAGCCUACUACUAAAUCAGCUCCGACUGAACGGAAAUUGCCAUGGGAUGACCGCCAAAGGGAAAAUGUAUUUUUCGGCGUGAGAAACAGAACCACGUUUGGAGGCGCAAGAGGGGGCAGAGCUGAUCGUAGCGGCGAGGAAUUGGAGUUCAGAAGUCGGAGAGGUGCAGGUGAAGGCCGUAACGUUACGUUUCCCCGGAGCUCGGGACGACGGACCUUUGGCGAUGAAGACUCAGACUCUUCCCCGCCUGUGACUUUCACUGUGGAAAAUGCUUCAGUUGGGAGGGUAAUAGGUCGUGGAGGAGCCAAAAUCCGUGAACUUCAAGAGAGCACCGGUGCAAGAAUCAAGAUAAACAAGGGGGACUAUGAAGGUGAGGUGGUCAUCUUUGGGCCCUCAGCUGCCCAGCAGAAGGCCAAGGAGAUGAUUGAAGACCUACUGGCAGAUGGCAACUCUCGAUUUUACAAUGGUCCCCGUAAGGGGGGAGACUAUGGAGGAGGUCCUGAUGGAGACUACAGAGGCGAUAGGGGAGUAAGCAAAGCCUCUGUAUGGUCUUCAGCAGAAUUACAGGUUGCAAAUACAGCCCCGGCCCGUGUAUCCAUAGACUGGAACGCCAUCCGGGAGAACAAGGACAAGUAUGCUGAACUCAAGUGGAGUGACCUCCCACCGAUGAAGAAGAAGUUUUAUGUUGAGGCAGAGAGUGUAUCCAUGCUCACAGCAGAGGAAGUCAUUGAAUGGAGGAAGGAAAAUAACAAUAUCUUUGUGGACGACUUGAAGGAGGAGGGGGAGAAGCGGCCGAUUCCCAAUCCCUGUCGCACUUUUCUGGAGGCCUUUGAGCUUUAUCCAGAGAUCAUGGAAAAUAUUGAACGAGUUGGUUUUGUCAAACCAACCCCUAUCCAGUCUCAGGCGUGGCCGGUGUUGCUGAGUGGGGAGGACCUGAUUGCAAUUGCUCAGACAGGAACAGGGAAAACCCUGGCCUACCUGCUGCCAGGGUUCAUCCACAUGGAUGGUCAGCCUGUACCUAGGGAUGAGCAGGGUGGUCCAGGCAUGUUGGUGCUGACUCCCACCAGAGAGCUGGCCCUGCAGAUUGAAACAGAGUGCAAAAAGUACCGCUAUAAGAGCUACAAAAGUAUCUGUAUCUAUGGCGGAGGGGAUAGGAGAGGCCAGAUCAACCUGGUAAAGAGUGGAGUGGACAUAGUGAUCGCUACACCAGGCCGACUAAAUGAUCUACAGAUGAAUGAGCUCAUCAGUCUUCGCUCCAUCACCUACUUGGUGCUGGACGAGGCUGAUCGUAUGCUAGAUAUGGGCUUUGAACCCCAGAUUAUGAAGAUUCUCCUGGACAUCCGCCCAGACCGUCAGACUGUCAUGACCAGUGCCACCUGGCCCACUGGUGUGAGACGAUUGUCCAAAUCCUACCUAAAGAAUCCCAUAAUGGUUUAUGUGGGCACUCUGGACUUAGCAGCGGUUAACACAGUGCAGCAAACGGUGCUGAUCGUCCACGAAGAGGAGAAAAAGUCCUACGUGUUUGACUUCAUCAGAAACAUGCUGCCCCAGGAUAAAGUCCUCAUCUUUGUUGGGAAGAAGCUUGUGGCUGAUGACCUGUCCAGUGACAUGUGUCUGCAGGGUUUGGCUGUGCAAAGUCUUCAUGGUGAUCGUGAGCAGUGUGACCGUGAAGAAGCCCUCAAGGACUUUAAAGAGAGUCGAGUUCGUAUCCUGGUGGCCACAGACUUGGCAUCUAGAGGGUUGGAUGUCCAUGAUAUAACACAUGUCUUUAACUAUGACUUCCCACGUAACAUAGAAGAGUAUGUCCAUCGCGUGGGUCGCACUGGCAGAGCAGGACGCUCAGGUGCAGCUGUUACCCUGGUAACAAGAGAAAACUGGAGAAUGGCCCCUGAGCUGAUUCAUAUCCUGGAGCGAGCAGGACAGGAGGUCCCUGAGGAGCUGGUGCUUAUGGCAGAGAGAUACGAGAAGCACAAGAGUGAGAAGGAGAUGUCUGAUCCAAGAGGAGGACAGGGACGAGGAGGAGGAGGAGGUGGAUGGGGGAGGAGAGAUGGUGGAGGGAGAGGAGGCAGGGAUCGUGGCCAAAACUGGGGAUUCUAAUGCAUAAUUGUCCAUGGUGGAAAAGGAUCUGAGACCUCCUGUGUUGUAAUUACUUUUGAAUGUACUUUUCUUUUUUUUUUGAGUGAAAUUUUUUUUUGUUUGUUUGUGUUUUGCUGGAUUAUCAUCUAUUGUCAUUUAGAGGAAGUUGCACCUCAUUAUGUUGUGGCCCUGUUUUAAAAAUGUUUAAAUUGCAAUUUUGACAGUGUUCUGUCUGUAACUCAUCAACCACGGCAGUGCUUAGUGUCACUCUGAAUAUUUUGUAUUUUGUUAUGCAAUUUCUUGAUUUGGGCAGAAAGAAAUCUGUAUAAUAAAUUCUCCUUUUAAAGAGA